UGCGCGCGCCAACCUCUCAACCAUCUCUGACGCACUUAGCACGACUCGUAUAAAUGAAUUCACUUCGUCACUGGGCGCCAAUGAUCGCAGCUCGAGCGUGCGGCACUUCCUAAGCCCGGAGCCCGCCAUGCGUCUUCAGAGCAGCGAGGUGACCGGCGCGAGGGACUGUUUCUGAGUGACCGCUCUCAACAUGGAGAGUUACAACAACACCACAGAAAGCCAAGACUGGAGUGGGAACGAGACGACAGUUAGUGAAGUUGCUCUGUGUUACCAAAUAAUCGGCUCGCUUUUCCUGGCUGCGUUAAUUCUGUUUGCCAUAUUGGGAAACGCGUGUGUCAUCGCUGCCAUCGCCUUGGAGAGGUCGCUUCAGAAUGUGGCCAACUAUCUUAUCGGCUCUCUGGCCGUCACAGACCUCAUGGUGUCGGUUCUGGUACUACCCAUGGCAGCCCUGUAUCAGGUUUUGAACAAAUGGACUUUGGGACAGGAGAUGUGCGAUAUAUUCAUCUCUCUUGACGUGUUGUGCUGCACCUCUUCCAUCCUGCACCUGUGCGCAAUCGCUUUGGAUAGGUUCUGGGCCAUCACCGAUCCCAUAGACUAUGUGAAUAAAAGGACCCCCAGAAGAGCGGCUAUCUUGAUCAGCCUCACUUGGCUAAUAGGAUUUUCCAUUUCCAUUCCGCCCAUGUUGGGUUGGAGGAAACCAGAGGACCGGGCAGACCCCGACGCGUGCACAAUCAGCCAAGACCACGGGUACACCAUCUACUCAACUUUUGGAGCUUUCUACAUCCCCCUCAUCCUCAUGCUGGUCCUCUACGGGCGGAUAUUCAAAGCGGCGAGGUUUCGUAUAAGGAAAACGGUGAAGAAACCCGAGAAAGCCAAAAUCGCGGACAAAUGCCUCGCGGUGUCUCCGGCGCUGUUCCCGAGGAAAGCGAACGGCGAGCUGGGCAAAACUUGGAGGCGAAGCGUGGAGCCGCAACCGUGCGUAAACGGAGCGCUGAAACAAGCGGAGGACGGAGAGUCGUUCGAGAUCACAGAAGUUCAAACCGUCUCCAAAAACCACCUGAGCUUGCCCAACAACCCUCAGCCGUGCUUCGAGAACAGAAACGAGAAAAACACGGAAGCGAAGCGCAAAGUGGCUUUGGCCAGAGAGCGCAAAACGGUCAAGACUCUGGGAAUCAUUAUGGGCACGUUCAUUUUCUGCUGGCUGCCCUUCUUCAUCGUGGCGCUUGUUUUGCCUUUCUGCCAAGAUUGUUUUAUGCCCGAGUGGCUGAGGGCAGUCAUUAACUGGCUUGGAUACUCCAACUCACUUUUGAAUCCCAUCAUAUAUGCGUACUUUAACAAAGACUUCCAGAACGCAUUUAAGAAGAUCUUGAAAUGCAAAUGUAUUAGACAGUGAAUGAAGCUAUGUGAUGGAGGCUAAUAUGCAGAUAUUGAUUGUUUGACUGUUCUAACGGCAUUAAUGGACAGUACUUCAGCACAAGAAGAGUUAGAGCUCUGUCUUUGUGUAUUUGUUUAUCUGUGAAGUUAAUCUGCUUCCACCACAACACAAUGUGCAUAUACCACUGGAUGGACUCAGAUUAGAUCAAGAAUUUCAGACCAGCUGCGUUCGUGCAUUAAACAAUAAAGCCCUUAAACAAAAAAUGCUUUUGUUUUAUACUGUAUAUGAUGAAAGGCACCUUUCUCUGAGCAAGGAGCUGUUGGUGGGAUUGUAAGCACACGGAUACACCAAUAUCCAGCAGAUUAUUAAUGUAGAAAAAUGUAAUGUGAAAUCAUUUCUCUUACAUCUAUUUGUUUUCAGAGUUUUCUUAUAUGACAUAGACUGACUGGAAAUACCUUGAAAUAAAAACAUAAAUCUAGAUCACAAAAAAAAUCACUGUAUUUGAAUCAUUGCAGUUGGGAAGGGUUGGAAAAAGCUUGCAAGGGAAA